AGAAAAGAUCGUUUGCAUGUGUUUGCAAGACAGGAGAGGGAAGGUGGGUGGAAACAGAUGGAGGUUCUAUAAGGUUCUGAGGACCUGGCGUACCGUCGCAAAGGGUUCUGCAGACCUGCCAGGCCCACUGGAGCCAAACCCGGGGACAGAGGUGGUGAAGAGUGAAGAGUUAAUGUAGGCAGACUGUGCAGAGCAAGGGGAGCAGUGGGGGCCCGACACUGAUCAGCUUACAGCCAGAGGAUUAAGCUGAAUCGCCAGCAGGGGGCGUAGUGCUUAAAGCGACACAAAUUAGGUUUGGCCUGUUUCUUUAACCAUCAUGCUGCCUCUCUAUCUGCAGGUCUAGGCUCCAAAAAAGGCUAGGAGGGCUGGUAUGUGGUGGGGAGGGGGGUGGUCAUGCUUGAGUAUACAUUUAGCGGUAACACAACCCAGGACACACAAAGAGCCUCAUCUACGGAGUAUAUCUGUGUGUCUGAGUGUGUGUGUGUGUGUGUGUGUGUGUGUGUACAGGAUUUGCUAAAGUUGUGAGGAAUGCAAAUCCUCAAAAAACAUGACCAAUGAGAUCAUUUUUUUUCCGGUCUUCACUGCUUCCGACUUCAUUUUAUAACAAUCUGCAAAUGCAAUCAAAAACUCUUGCAUAUUUUUUUGGUUACUUACGGUUAAGGUUAUGUUGGGAUUAGAGUUUUCCCCAUAGAAAUGAAUGGAGAGUCCCCACAAAGAUAUAAUUACAAAUCUGUGUGUGUGUGUGUGUGUGUGUGUGUGUGUGCUGCUUUCACAUGAAGCUGACAGCUCUGUGGAUCCUGUCAUAGACAAGGCCAGAGCUUGGUGUCUCCUCUGCAGAGAGCUAACAUCACAGGAAGUCACAGCUCAGCAUCAGCUACUGUUCCUCAGGCGGAUGUUCUUGCAGGAGUCAGAGCAAACCUCCCCGCAGCACCCACAGGAGCCCAACUCGUACGCGGCCAACAAAUCAUGCCAGGCAUGGAUUCCUGGAUCUUACAUGCUCUCCUCUUGGCUGGGCUGGUGAUACACGGGUCCAAUGCUGGGGUCCUCUCCGACGAUGAUGAAGACUACAACGGCGACAACAGCGGCGACAUUUUCGCUUUCGAUGGUGAAGGUAUAGAAAACUACAACAACAUGGCUGGGCAGGUGAUACACACAUCAGAUGCUACGAACACCUAUGGGAACUAUGUAAAAGUCAGCGGCGAUGGGGAGACAGAGCACAGCGGGCUCUCCCAUGUUGAAGCCACUGUGACCACCACCACCAGCAUGACCAACCUCACCUCUAUUCUCGAGGGGCCGGUGAUACACAGGUCCAAUGCUGGGGUCAUCUCCGGGGAUGAAGACAACAGCGGCGACAACAGCAACGAUAUCGGAUCACCAGACACCACCAGUGUCACCAACCUCACUACCGUUCUCACCACCAACCUCGAGGCCACUCCCCCUAAGCAUAGCCACACCCCCAACCUGAGCCCUCAGGGUAAGUCGCAGACUGGCUGGCUGCUGCUGGCUCUGGGAAUCGUGCUGCUGUUCUGUAUGGCGCUGCUGGUGUCCACCAUCACGCUGGCCUGCCAGGUCCGGAACCUCCGGGACCAGCUCAGCUCAGUCUGGCCAGCCCACCCGGCCCGUGUAAAUGCCGACGUGAUCAGGGUCAGGAAGGUCACCGAGGUGAUGGAGACCGAGAUGGAAAAGAUGAUGGAGGAGGCCGAGAACAAGGUGGAGGAAACGCUUCGCAUGGAGGCCGACGCCCAGGAGACAGAGGCUGCCGCCGUCGUCCCCACAGCUCCCCUUACUGACCCCUCCUCAGACUGCGUCCUGAAUGUCAGUUGCUGACAUGAUGUCACACUGCUAACACCGCUAACAGGCCGAGGGCUAAUGCUUCUGCUUAAUUUGCACCUGAAGGGCCAGUUUCUGUUUUUGUUCUUUAUUUAGACUCUGGGGAGUAGAGGAAGGCCAAAAUAAUGCUGCCUCUCCAGAGGGGGGGUGUCAGGGUAAAACAUGGGGGGGCUCUUCCCAGAUAGCAUCAUGUUACUGUUGAAUUAUAGUUAAAUGCGUCGAAUUACGGUCAGUGUUAAAUCAUCAACGUUGAAACUGAAUUGAUUUUUGGUCAGAUUUUCAAUAUUGAAAAAUUGAUGGUGGCAAAACCUUGAUCCAAUGUUGAUAUAAAGUUAAACACUGAAGAUCAACGUUGUUUCAACCUUCUUGUCUGAUAUGGAAUUAGUGUCAUUUCAGUAUGUGUGUGCUGUCGGGGUUUGAAUCUGCAUCAGCCCUAAUUAUAGCCUUUGUUAUUAAAAUGAUCUUUCUUACCUUUGAAGACCUAAAGUUACUAAUACCACGGAGAUUUUAAAUGUUUAACUCAGUGGUUCUUAAACUAAGGUAUGUGAGCUCCCUCUAGUGGUACAUCUAUGAAACAGCUAACAGUCGUAUGCUGUAAAAAUUCAGGCCUUGGCGUUACAAUGGCUGUUUCCCUCCACAGGUUCGAAACAUCAGCAUGGGAACGUUUGUUCUGUAACAACAGAAACUGUUCUGUAACAACUUUAAAAGUAAUAUAUGAAUGUGGACGGGUGGGAGGGGGCAGGGUUUUAUAGAGUUGUACAGCUUUAAUUACAAAUUAUGCCUUGUGCAAGAUUUUGGUUUUAACUUGGAAUUAAUGACUACAAAACUAAUUCAGUGUGCUGUUUUCGUUUAUGGAAGCAUCUGCAGGGCCAGUCAGUUGCCGUUCAGCUGACACAGGCCACGUCACCUCUGCUGGACCUUAAGAUUUGUAGCCACCCACUUAUCAGGCUCACGGGACUGUCUGACUUCCUGGGGGGGCACAGUGACCCACAAAUUCAGGAUUCAACAGUGACAGUGAUAUUAUAUAACCAUAUUACAGUCAUACAAUCAUAUUAUGUGCUGGCACAGUA